UCCAGCAUAUGUCUCAGAGGCCCAACGUCCCUCACUCCUCCUCCAUUGCCUUUGCCCUCCACUCCCACCUCUUAAUCUCCAGUGAUAUGAACCCUAAUUGGUCCUCCUAAACCCAUCCAUUCAAUUUUGAUCCUAUUUUUUUUUAUUCUUUCAUUCAUUUUUUAACAGACGAUCCCAGAAAAAGGGGAAAAAACCCCAAAAGAUUCGACCUUUGAUUCGAUUGGAAAAUGGGUAUCAAAGGAUUUGUCGAGGGAGGCGUCGCUUCCAUUGUCGCUGGCUGCUCCACCCACCCGCUGGAUCUUAUCAAGGUCCGUAUGCAGCUCCAGGGCGAAAGCAACCCCGCUCGCGCCGCCGCCCCCCAGCCCAUCCACAAUCUCCGCCCCGCUUUUGCUUUUAAUUCCCAUUCCGCCACCCUUGUUUCCCCGCCGCCCCCACCGGCCGCCGUACGUGCCGGUCCAAUCUCGGUCGGAGUCAAAAUUUUUCAGACCGAAGGCGUUAAGGCAUUGUUCUCGGGAGUCUCAGCAACAGUUCUCCGCCAGACUCUGUACUCCACCACCCGAAUGGGCCUCUAUGAAAUUUUGAAAGUCAAAUGGGCCGACCCGAACUCCGGGAACCUGCCACUGGCCCGCAAAAUUUUCGCCGGGCUUGUCGCCGGUGGAGUCGGAGCCGCCGUCGGCAACCCCGCCGAUGUGGCCAUGGUCAGGAUGCAGGCCGGCGGUCGCGACUACAAGAACGUGAUCGACGCGAUUGCCAAGAUGGCGAGGAGCGAAGGAGUUCUUAGUCUGUGGCGCGGGUCUAGCCUUACGGUGAACCGCGCUAUGAUCGUGACGGCGUCGCAGCUGGCGUCGUACGACCAGAUCAAGGAGGCGAUUCUAGAUAGGCACUUGAUGAAGGACGGCCUUGGGACGCACGUGACGGCGAGUUUCGCGGCGGGGUUUGUGGCGUCCGUGGCCUCGAAUCCGAUCGACGUGAUUAAGACGAGGGUUAUGAACAUGAAGGUGGAGGCUGGGCGGGACCCGCCCUACACUGGGGCCCUCGACUGUGCCCUAAAGACCGUGAGGGCGGAGGGGCCCAUGGCCCUUUACAAGGGCUUCAUCCCUACGAUUUCGAGGCAGGGGCCGUUCACUGUGGUGCUGUUUGUGACCCUUGAGCAGAUCAGGAAGGUGCUUAAGGACUAUUGAGAGUCGGAGUCCCAACAAUUACCAUGAUGAAAAAUAAUAAUAUUAUUAUUAUUUUCGACUAUGGCUAUUAUUAUUGAUUAAUGAAAUUUUACCUUUGGAAUUUGGCUA